CCAUUUUGACAUUUUAGUUGAGAUACAAAUUUUCAGUGUAACUUUAUUUUCAACAACUUCGGUUCGUUUAAUAUUCUUGUGCAUAUUCUGCAGAAAUAUGCUAAAAAUAAAAACGAAGGCUACAUGAGAUUCUUUUCGUAUUAAAAAUAUUUAAGUGUGAACGUAAGCCAUAUUUUGCAACGAUUGCAAAUAAAAAAAUAGCAUACGCAUACGUCAAUUAACAGCUGAGCGAAAACUGGUGUGAAGUGGAAUAUCAAUAAAAAUAAAAUAUUUGUGUUUUGUAUAUGUAUCUGAACCGCAGUUCAACAUUUGCGUAUUUUUGUAAGCAACAGUCAAUACGUCAUUUCCAUUGAAGGCACGUAGUUUGCUUUGUAUUUGUUUUAGUCAUCCUUGAUAAGCGCGUCAACGACCGUUCUGCUAAUAUUGGAAUUUAGUUGCAGUUUAAACCAAAAAUAAGCCGAAGAUGCUAAAACUUGCUGCACAAGGCAUUGCACCGCGCAUCGUUGCUAACUUGGCAGGUAGCACACAGGGUAGUUGCCAACAUGUGUCGCCUGGCGUCAAUGCGGCUUUGCAGAAGUUCAUUUCGUCAAGUCACUGUUGUGACCGCAAAGUGAAUAUCAAAGACCACUACGAAUUCGAUCAAAAGGUAAUAAACAGCGACAAUCCGGUGGUUGUCAAUUUCCAUGCAGAAUGGUGUGAUCCAUGCAAAAUACUCACACCGAAAAUGAGCGAACUCUUGGACAAUUCUGAAGAAAUCGAUUUGGCUACCAUAGAUGUGGAUACAAACUCUGAUUUAGUGGAGACGUUCGAAGUAAAAGCCGUGCCUGCCGUACUCGCUUUCCGUAAUGGCGUCGUGGUUGACAAAUUCAUUGGACUAGUGGAUGCAAAUAGCAUAGAGAAUCUGAUUAACAAGCUAAAACGCAAGAAAAAACCAGUCGACGAUACUGCCGUGAACACGCAGGACAAAUAAAUUGCUCAAAAAUGUAUUUCAAGCGUGCUGAAUAGAUGGCAAACAAGAAUUGAAAAGAAACGAUGAUUAAUUAUAAUUGUGUAUUUCGUAUGUAAGUCUUUAUUUACACAUUGUAUUUUCCUGGUAGAAUUAGUAUGUAUAAUUUUUAUUACACUCAUUACAAUGAGGUUUACAUUUUAUUCUUCUCUUUAUUAUUUUAAAGUACGUAAUACGAUUUUAUAACAUUUGACAUAAUGUGCGAUAUUAACAAAUAAACUAUAAAUAAGCAAAUUAAAA